UUUUCCAUUUUUCUUUUUAAAAAUUGAAUAACUUCCUAUAUAUAUUUGUGUUGGUAGAAUUGUAAGAACAAAAAAGCAUUGAUUUUGUUAUUAUAAUGGAGAAUACUGCUUCUUCAAUCCCCUCAAAAAUGAAAGCUUGGGUAUAUUCUGAACAUGGGAAACCUGUUGAUGUUCUGAAACUGGACUCAAAUUAUGAUGUGCCCCAACUGAAAGAAGAUCAAGUUCUGAUCAAAGUUGUAGCUGCAGCCCUUAAUCCAGUUGAUUUCAAGAGGAUGCUUGGCAUGUUCAUCCACUCUGAUUCUCCCCUACCUAGUGUGCCAGGAUAUGAUGUUGCUGGUGUGGUGCUAAAAGUGGGCAGCCAAGUAAGAACAUUGAAAGAAGGGGAUGAAGUGUAUGGGAACAUUAAUGAGAAAGGCUUGGAUCGUCCAAAAAGGAGUGGCACUUUGGCUGAAUAUACUGUUGCUGAAGAGAAUCUAUUGGCUCUCAAACCAAAAAAUCUGGGUUUCAUUGAAGCUGCUGCCAUUCCCUUAGCCAUUGGAACUGCCUAUGAAGGCCUUCAAAAAACUGCCUUGUCUGCUGGUAAAUCCAUCCUAGUUUUAGGCGGUGCUGGUGGGGUUGGCACCAUGGUUAUUCAGCUAGCUAAGCAUGUCUUUGGAGCAUCUAAAGUUGCAGCUACCUCAAGCUCAGCCAAACUGGAAUUGCUAAAGAGCUUGGGUGCUGAUUUAGCCAUUGAUUACACCAAAGAAAACUUUGAAGAUUUGCCAGAGAAAUUUGAUGUAAUAUAUGAUGCAGUUGGGCAAUCUGAAAGGGCAGUGAAGGCUAUCAAAGAAGGUGGAAAGGUUGUAACAAUAGAACCAGUUGGUGAGCUGGCUGAACCAGCAUUCAGGUUCAUCCUCACAUCUAGUGGGGCUAUGUUGGAGACAUUGAACCCUUUCCUUGAGAAUGGGAAAGUAAAGCCUGUCAUUGAUCCGAGAGGCACAUUUGCUUUCUCUCAAACUCCACAAGCCUUUUCUUAUCUUGAAACUGGAAGAGUUACUGGUAAAAUUGUCAUACAUCCAAUUCCAUGAGUUGGGUUAAUGUUAAUGUUACUCGGACUCGAGUACUUCUGUACGCUGUGUAUGCACUUUAUUCUAAGCUUUUUCAUGUAGAAGGUCUUCGGAGGGUCAAACCCCUCACCCAUGUCUAGAUAUGCCUUGGAUAUAGGUGAUGAGCAUGGAUAUUUCGAGAAAAAUAAAGAGUCCGAGCAAUAUAGGUUAGUGUACUUUAGUCCUUCUGUAAUAAAUUAGUCUCUCUGGAAAUGGAUUAAUAAUGAAAUAUAUGAAAAGUAAAGAUUCUGAAAUCUCAAA